CGCUCAGUGAGCCGUAGUGCACACUGGUUGAAGACGGAGAUUCUCUUAUUAUACCCCUCGAUGGAGGAUCGGCCUAGGGAACAGGCAGGCGAGAAACGCUAUCACCAUGAAGAGGAGAAGAGCCCGAGUCGACCAAAAUCAUCGCUGAAAAAUGAUCAAAGUCAGUGCCAGUACCAGCACCAGGAAACGCAGACGAAGAAAACAGGCAAUGGGAAAAUAAAUGGCAGCACCGCUGAGGGAGAGAAGGUACUGUCCUCAAAUGAUCUGGCCUGCGUCCAUCACCCCACGAACGGCAAUGGCGGCAGACCCCUACUAGACACUAACAUAAAACUGAAACAGCCAGGAAAGGCCCUUAGCGCGCUCUCGAGUAGAGGCAGAGGCAGCUACCAUUACAAAAACAGUAUGGACAGCAAGAAUGACAAGCCCUCGGAUUUUUCACCUCAUAAGGGCAAGCCUUUGGAUAAGAAGGAAUCCGUUUCACAUCUGAACGGGGUCGUGUCUCUCAGCAGCGGCUACAUAGCCAACGGUUACCCUGGCAAGCCCGCCGCAGACAACGAUGGCAGCGGCUCCGAGAGCGGGUACGCCACUCCCAAGAAGCGCAAAGCCAGGAGCAGCAGCAUCAAGGGCGCGGAAAAUGUGAGCGGGCCGCAGGAGAAGGCCAUGCAGCAGGGAAGCGCGGCGCCUCCCCAGCAAGACAGGGAUCCUUCCAACCCGGACCCAACCGAGAAAGCAGUGAGCUCCCGCCUGGAUGACAGCAGGCUCGCCGCUCGAGCAGACGCCUGCGCCGGGGCCGGGUGGGCAGGCGAACCACAGAGCAAAAACCAUGACGGCAAGGCCACCGGCUCCUCAGGUAAAAAGUUUGAGGACAAGCCGGGAAAGGCCAAGUCUGUCGCUACGGUGACCGCAAAAGAGGACUCAUGGACUUUAUUCAAGCCUCCUCCUGUCUUUCCUGUGGACAACAGUAGUGCUAAAAUUGUGCCCAAGAUCAGUUAUGCAAGUAAAGUCAAGGAGAACCUCAAUAAAGCAGCCCAGGUCGGAGGGGAGGCCCUUCCAUCUCAGGAGCCCGGAAGACCAUCUCUGGUUCCCAUGUCUGCUUUGAAAACGAUCACUUCAGCUAGCUUUACUAACGGCCCUGUUUCUGGAGAGGGGAAUGGCUGCCUCUCAGCUGGGCCCCUCUUAACCACUGCUGCUAGUACUGUACUGCUCGCCUGUCCUCUCCCAGGGGGCGAGAAUGUAGCAUCCUCUCACAAUGACAGUAGCAUUACUACAACUCCCGUGGCAGCCACCGGCGAAACACGAAAGCCUAGCCUUUUUGUUUACCCCCUGACCCCUUGUAAUAUGCAACCCGCGCUCCCCAGCGCCCGCCAAGUGGACCCGCCUCCAGCUCCGACAAAUCAGAAAGCCCUGGGGGACAUCUUCCAGAACCAGUGGGGCCUGUCCUUCAUCAACGAGCCUAACGCGGGCCCAGAGGGGGGAGCCGGGCCUUCGCCUGGGGAGGGCAGGGCAGCGGAGGCGACGGUUCAGGGGGAGGGCCCCCCCGCUGGCGCCCCGCAGGUCUCUGACGCCUCCCCGCCAGUACGGGAACACCCCCCCUUCCCAGCGGCUUAUGAGGCAGACAAACGGACUAGCCCCCUAGCCGUCAGCAGUGUUUUAAAAGCGUGCCCCGCUGUGGCGUCGGCCGGCGGGGGCGGCACACAGGCCCAGCUCCCGGGACAGGACACGGCUAAGGGUGAGGCUGGGGGUCUUGGUGCAAUAGUGUUUGCUUCUUCUAAGGACCCCGGUGCUGAUCCCCCUCAGGCCUCCCAGGCUAACCCUGUGCUGGCUCUGGUCAAAGAGCAGAGCCCCUCCAAGGGCUACGACAGAAGGUGUAGCUGGGGGUCUUUUGAUCUAAAAGCUGCUGUAAUUUAUCACACUAAAGAAAUUGAAUAUAUUUUGAAUUUGCAAAAACAAGGUAAGUUAAGUUGCUUUUUAAUUGAUAUUAUUGUGUAUUUCUGGGGAGUUUGUUCUAUGAGAGGGCCAGACAUUACUGUGUUAACACACUAACACUAUAAAAGGGAGCGUAUAUUUAGAGGUCAGCCAGUACUUUCUGUUUGGGGCAGAGUGUUCUUAUUGCCAAGGUUCUUGUAUUUACGCAUGCCACCCAUUGCUGGAUCCCUGAAAAAAAAAUGGUAUGUUAAUUGCAAGCUUGACAAACCCGCUGCUUUAGAUUCACUUGAAAAUGCCUCCUUUCCUGCCAGAAUUCUUUUUUGUAAAUUGCUGAGGAAUUUUGAUACAGCUAUCAAAUUGUCCCCACAUCAGAGUCCCCAAGCAUAGCCUGUAGUGUAAAUGCUUUAAAUCAAUUGACUGCUGUUUGCUCAUUACAGCCCCUUUAACAGAACCCUUCCCGCUCUUGUUUUUCUCUCCCAGAUCCAAAAAGGGUAGUCAUUUAUGAUGAGACUAGGGAUGGGCCCAAUCAGUGAGGCUGGGACUGG